UGUCACGGCGCCGUGCGGCUCCACGGUGAUUCAACGUGAUGCUGAGUCGGUGUCUGUCCUCGGAGAAAACACUUUGUAAUGACUCUAAACUUCUGAAGCUGUGCGUAUAGGACAUCACAGGGGAAAAACACAUUCACGAUGGCAGACUCGGGAGACUCGAGCGGCCACCGUGUGCCAACUCCAGGGCUGCUGACGGGCCGACGAACAACGGCUGGCAUGGCUGCUGCCCGUUUCCCUUCGAUGCGAUCCAGGGACCUCACCCUGGGUGGAGUGAAGAAGAAAACAUUCACGCCAAACAUAAUUGGCCGAAAAGUCAAAGAAGAAACAAAAGCUGAAGAUGGGCAGAGGACGGAGAGGAGGGAUGAGGGUCGAGGCCGGGGACCGAGAGACCGGGGAAGGGGCAGAGGUCGUGGAGAGCUCAUCCAGUCCCACUCUAUUUUUGAACAGGGACCUUCAGAGAUGAUGAUGAAGAGGACAGGUAGCUAUAACAGCGAGGUGGACGCUCCGGCCGUGGGCCCCUCACCCAUCAUUAAUAUUAAAAAGGAUAAGAGAGAGACCGAGGAGGAGACGAAGGAGAUUCUCCGCGGUCUGGAACGAGACUUUAUAGACGACCCCUUCCUGAAGAGCGAGCAGAGGAGCUGUCCUGUCCAGCUUCCCCUCGCUGUGUCAGGAUGGGGCUUCAAGGAGGAAUUUUCCAAGCCUGCUGUCAAAAUUGAGAAGGAAGAGGAAGGUUGUGAACCCAUGGAGAUUGGGGUUGAAGUGAAACAAGAGCCAGAAGAAAUUGAGAUAAAGGCGACUGAGGCUGCUUUCAGGCCUCCUCCUCUCCCCGACCCCGAGGUUCUUCCUGACCUGCUGCAUCAGUGGAGCUUGAGCAAAGGGGAGGAGCUCUUCUUCAUCCAAAUGCCCGACUCGCUGCCCGGACAGCCUCCCACCAAAGAGCACAAGUCAGUGAAAACUGAGGUCCAGUCAGAGGACGGGCAGUCGAUGCUGCUGAAAACAGAGUCUCAGGACGAGGAACCUGAAGACAACAGCUGCAGUCUGAAGGAUCUGCGUGAAGGGCUCGUGGGAAAGAUGCUGGUCCGGAAGUCAGGCCGGGUGCAGCUCAUCCUGGGACAAGUCACCCUGGAUGUAUCUCUAGGAACAUCAUGCUCUUUCCUUCAGGAGCUGGUCUCUGUUCACACUGAAGGAAAAACAGGCAACCUGACUGUUUUAGGGAAUGUCAAACACAAGAUGGUUUGUUCCCCAGACUUCGAGGCUCUGCUCGAGAGCCGAGCUUGACCUAACAAGCCUCCUGAAGCCUGGCUCAUGGACGGACUCGUACCGACAUGCUAAUAGGACCUACGGUCUGUCUUCCUGAAAGCUGACAUCUCAAAUAUUUAUGAUGGCAAAUUAACUGCACUUUUGUGUUUUCAAAGUACCUCCAGCCUCAUUGAUUUACACUAAAAUGAUGGAAACAGAGCUGAGAUAUGUCUUGCUGUGGUAAAGGCUGAUUAUGUGGCGUGCCAAGUUUAAAUAACUUAUUUUUCUUGUCUACAUCUGAAAUUACUUGAGGAACUGUACAUGAAUGUAAAUGUGUGAAUAAAAGCUUUUGUUACUUGAGUAUGUCACAAUAAAAUAAAGGGUUGU